AUGCCAUGUGCUGGCAAGAUAUAUUCCUCGCCCCUGCUGUUAAGGCUGAAGUUGGCGCCUUUAUGUCAGGAAAUGACUCUCACAGCGCCUUGGUUAUCUCUACCGCCUGCUCAAACUGCUGUUCGUGACCUGCCUGAGUACGGUCAAAAUCUGUUGCCAGCGAUAACUGCAGCGCCGUCAAGAGAGCAUGAGCUACAGAAACGACAGUUGGAGUUCGAAAACAGCCUCACCUCAGUAUGCGGAUACAUCAACGCAAACGCAUCCUAUCCUGUCACCUGUUACAAUGGCUACUGCGCCUCUAACUCCAUCUUCAGUGCCGUCGGUUGUUGUUCGUCGUAUGAACCGACAUUGACGUCUCAGGUCGUUCUAGACUCAUGCUAUUACAAUGUGGCCUGUAUUGAAGCAGAUCAAUUUGAUGGCAAUUGCGAUGAAAACUGUCAGUCCAAUGACAUGAUCCUGAAAUGCACUGAAGACUCUACGACUUAUUGUAACACCUUCAACUAUCCGCCCUACAACUACAAGAGUUUCUCUUGUGGGACCGAUUUGGGAAGUUAUGAUGUUCAGCAGAGUACCACAACGCCAGGAGUAACAGGCUACCCAGAAUGGGUGACGACAAUCUGGUCUCCUGGGUUCUCCGUGAGCGGACUCGCAGCCAUAAAUACCAUGACCAAUGCAGCUCCACGAAUUUCCCAAAGCUCUAACGAGCUGGGGCAUCACGUGGGUGAGAUUAUGGCUGCCGUGGUCGCCGCAAUAUUCGGCCUUAUCCUCAUCAUCUCGCUCGUCAUGUUUCUGUGCCUCCGCAAGCGGACGCGGACGCAUGGGCCAGGCAGCCAACUCUGGAUCAGCGUCCUCAAGAACAAGACCCAGGGGGAAGGCCACUGGCAGACCUUGACAGAUCUUCUGGGGGUCACAUCGAAUGUCGGCAAGGCUGAGGAGGAAGCGUAG